AUGACGGUACGCUCGCGGUGUGUCGAUCUCAAGUGUAACGAGAUGCUGCUCACGGGCGACUCGGAGGAUGUCCCCAAGAAAUACAACGCUCCGAUCCACCCCGCUGGAGCCGGCAAACCUGCCAAGUUGACAGCGAGUAACAUGGUCUUCUCGUCCACGACGAUCACCGCCGGCAACGCUCGCGGUAUUGUAGUGGAGACUGGUAUGAACACGCGUGUGGGCUCCAUUGCAGCUCUACUACAAGCCAAGAGCGGCACGGAUGCGUCUGCAGAGAAUAAGUGGACCCGUAACCCGCUUGGUGGCUGCAUCGCCAAGCACCGUCCGAAGCUAACGCCUCUGCAGCGAGCUCUACACAGCAUUGAGUACGUCAUGGGUCUCAUCGCGGUGGGUGUGGCCAUCCUCGUGUUUAUCGUCGGUAUGAUCCGCGGCAAUGAAGACCCUCGUCACCCGGACAGACCCACGUGCUUGACUAUGAUUAUGGCUGCUGUGUCUGUGGCCGUGAGUGCUGUUCCCAAGGGCUUACCGAUGGUCGUGACAAUCUGUCUGUCGUCCGGCAUGCACGCCGACAAACCGCUCUACCUAACUAUCAGUGACAGCGUCCUGCAAGGCAACGUCCUGGUAGCUCUCUGCCACGAUGAUUACCAGCCCGAGCUAACAAACAUGUGUAGUCGAUAA